UCUGCCUCAUAUGCUGUCCAUGCACACACCAAGGGCCUACCAUACAAACGUAUAUGAGAAAAUCAGAUAGCCUUAACUUAGAUACAGAAACACACAACAUAGGAGAGUUAUUUCUAGGAGCUUGGACAUACUUCGGAGGUGCACGGACUCCGUUUGACGAGCUAAGGCUGAAGACAAACGAUUAAAUCAAGCCAGCCUGUCUGGUAAGAACCGCCGCAGCCGCCAUGCCCGGUGAUGAUAAACCACAACAGACCCGGCAAAGGAAGAAGAACAAAAAGUCCCGAUCCAACAGGAAGAGUCCCACUGCCCAUCUUCAAGACAUCCUAGAUGCACAAGAUGACCUCAUAUCAUCCCAGGUUCUCCAGCCAUCCCCUAAAAAGCUGCCAGAGGAGAGGCCCAAAGUGGAGGAGGAGUCAACCGUUGCGAUCUGUCUCCAGGUGCUCUUCCCCUACCUGCUGGCUGGGAUGGGGAUGGUGAUGGCCGGCAUGGUGCUGGACAAUGUACAGCACUGGGAGGUGUUCAAGGUGAUAACGGAGGUUUUCAUCCUGGUUCCGGCUCUCGUCGGCCUCAAAGGAAACUUGGAGAUGACCCUGGCUGCUCGGCUCUCCACCGCCGCCAACACAGGCCAAAUGGAUGAUCCAGACAAACAGUGGACCAUGGUGUGCAGCAACUUGGCUCUCAUUCAGGUCCAGGCCACGGUGGUGGGCUUCCUGGCAGCAGUGGCAGCCGUCUGCUUGGGUGCGAUCUCCAGAGGAGGAGUAGAGCUGGACCAGGCGGCCGUCCUGUGUGCCAGCAGCAUCACCACUGCCUUCGUAGCUGCUCUGUCUUUGGGCCUGGUGAUGAUUGGAGUGAUCGUCGGCUCCAGGAAGGUGGGAAUCAACCCGGACAACGUGGCCACGCCCAUCGCCGCCAGCCUGGGGGAUCUGAUCACACUGUCCCUGCUGGCCGGGGUCAGCAGCAUGCUCUACCAGUACAAAGACCUGUGGUACCUGUCCCCCUCCGUGUGCCUGCUCUUCCUGGCUCUGAUCCCGCUGUGGGUGGUGUUGGCCCGACAGAGUCCGCAGAUCAAAGAGGUUCUCCGCUCUGGCUGGCAGCCUGUUAUAGUAGCCAUGUCCAUUAGCAGUUUUGGGGGCCUUAUCCUGGACAAGACAGUGAGUGACCCCAACUUUGAGGGGAUGGCUGUCUUUACACCUGUUAUUAACGGAUCUUACCACAGAGAGUGGAAUUGUUUCAUAUGCGAGAAGAGAUCACUUUGUACACCAGGCACCAGACUUUCAGAAGUCAGCUCAGGAAUCCCAAGCAUGUCAUGGAGCACCAUGAUCAAUCCAUCCCCAUGUUCUGCAGUUCAGAGCUUCUCAAAAUGCUCCAGUGCUUUUAAAGCCUCCUUCUGUUUACAUCCCAGCAGCUCUACAUGGUUCAGCAUCACUGACUUCAACAUGCUUUCAUAUUGGAGCCAAAUGUUUCCUGGAGCAUCAUGGAUGACUUUAGACUUCUCUUUUGCCUCUCAGACAACAUAUGGUUUCAGUUCAUCCCACGAUUGCAAUUUAAAUCAGGCUGGGGCAAAAAAGAGGAAAUGCUUGAGUUGGAGCAGCAUUGCAGGGUACAGCAGCUCCAGGCUGUGGCUCCUUUCAGCUCUGAUCUGGUGGUUAUGAUUUUUGCUCAGGACUAUUCAAACUCAAAUGUUAUUUUUAUUCCAUUUUAAUGGUAUUUGCAAGUUUGAUGCUGUUUUAUUUUAGUGACAAUCCUCCAAUGCUGCUGGAGUUUUAAGAGGAAUAGUUACUGUGUCUGUAAAAGUAUCUACAUCCCUUUAACUUGUUCAUAUUCUCUCUUAUUACAAUCACAAGUUCAACAUAUCUUGGGAAUUUUAUGCACUAGGCAUAAAAUUGCAUAAUCGUGAGGAGGAAAGAAAAUACAAAUUAGUGCUCAGUUAAUUUUGAGCCCUGAGUUUCUGGAUMUUUCUAGCAACCUUCCAUGCUUAUAAUUCAAAUAUUGUUUUGUUUGCAUUUUUCAGCAAAUUGAAACUGUUUUGAAUAUCCAUAACCGGAUUCAGUAGAGAAAUUCAUGUUCAGUCAUCCUGUCAGUAAACUCACAUGGGACCUGUCUCAGAGGGAAACAUUGGGAGAGAGCUGGAGACACUCUGGAUUCUUCCAAAAAUGAUUUCUGAUUACUAACAAGAUUAAAGAAGUCUCCUAUUAAAAAUAUUCAUAAAAAUCUACCCUAAUAAAAAUCAGGCUAGAUUUUUAUUACUGAUAAAAAUCUACCCUGCUCAGAUGAAUAUCAAUUCUAGAGUCAAGAGAACGUUUUAUAUAAGUGCACGUUUUGUGAUUCCUGUCCUGCAGCUGUUCUCUACCACAGAUUCUGUUGCUCAGAAUCUGUGACUUUAUCCACAACAUAGAAACACAAUAUAUUCUCUUAUGGAAACACAGCUUAUGGUUUAUGUUUUUGUAACAUUUUGGCACUAAGCUAACUCUGUAGAGCUGAAUGUACAUUUUUGAAAAUGUUUUUCAUUUCAUAUCGUCAUUGCUUUGGGAUGACAGUAUGUCAUUUGUUGCAUUGUCAUCACACAAAAUUGUAAAUAAAAUACAUUGAAGUUUGGAAAAAAAGUGACAAAAUGUGUGGAAAAACCCUUAUGUAAGGCUCUGGAGUUUCAAGUUGGAAAAAAUGUGCUAAAGCACAAGUGAAGGCAAGUUAAGGGGGAAAAAAAGAGGCCUGUAAUGGAGCAGUUUGGCUGUGAGGCGAUGCAUGCAGAGAUCCUCUGAGUAUAGGAGAGAAGUCAGUGUGAACCACUGAUGGUGCACAGCCAGAGUCCCACACAGCUGACAGGGCCUUUAAUAACCAGCCACUCAGCCUGUCACUCGCUCUCAUUUAGUUUCCACUCUGGUUCUCUAUUCUUCCUCUCUGCUCAUUUCCAAGUUUGCCAAUCUGGUUCAAAUUUCCUCUGAUCUGCUUAUAAAACCAGGCAGAUUUUUUCUUUUUUUUCCAUUUUCCUAAAAACCCAUCUGUCAUUGUUAAAAGUUUUAUAUUUGAGAUCCUUGAAAAUGUGUCUGACAUAAAUGUGUUAAGCUCAGAGACCCUUGUCAACAGCAAAAUGAAUAUGACUAUUAAAAAUAAGGCAGUGACGAGCUUAAUAAAUAAUCUCAGACCAAAUAAAGUCAGAUUGAAAGACUAAAACUGCUGGCCAUCUGUGGCACAAUAAAACAACAAGUGAAAAUGUCUUCUUUAAUGCAGCUCAGACAGUUUUAUGCAGAUGCCAGAGUUUGACACGUAAUGAUUUUUGCAGAAGUGCAGCAGCGUUUACGGCUGCAGGCUGAGGAACCUGUCUCUAUACGGUAACGCUCCACAGAGCAGGAUUCAAACUGUUAUUUUAGGAUGUGUCUGGGGUCAGUUUUUGGAUAAAUUGUGAUGUUAAGAGUUGCCUUUUUUAAAUUCUCUGAAGUUUUAAAAAAAAAUUGUGUAUUCAGCAGAAAUUACGCUGACAUGGAUUAUGCACAAACGCACCAAUCAGAGAUUUUGUGGCCAGUGUCUGAUCUGUGAUUUGUCAGAAACAACCUGAGGUGACAGGGCGACUCUUUGUCGCAUCAAACAUCCUUCAGUAAAAAUGAUUACAGCAUAUCGCAUUCAUACGAACAAAAUGUAAAAAUUAAGUAAUAAAAUUAUGAAAAUGUUUAUAACUUUACGUCAAUAAAGAGUGGUACAAAAAUA